AAGCAAGCUAGUCCCUCAUACUUUAAUUUUAUUUUUCCUCCUUUAAUAUUCCAAUUCCUUUGAUGAACAAACAAGUUACCACAGUUUAUCACAUCCCGAUUGUACCCUCGAAUGCUAAACCCUCCUACCCCUACGCAGUAAAAGAAUCCUCACCCCGCCCUUCGGGGCUCUCGGAAUCUGCCUCCCUUCUGCUUCGUUGUCUCCCUGUUUGCCCCUUCUGCGACCCUUCAAUAAACGAGCAGGAUUUCAGCAACCCGAGUGUCCCUCCCGUUCUUCUGGUGGACCCUCAGAUGUACCAGCUAUCCGAGCUUCGUGCCGAGUGCCUAAAAGCCCCCACGGCUCGGCAACUGGCUGCCCGAACAGGGACGGACACCAGCGGGUCCAGUCCUUGACCGUCUCCUGGAGAUUGCCUGCUCUGUGACCAGCCUUCUCCAGGAUUGCAAGUGGCGUUCGGGACCAGUUUCCUGGGACAGUCGCCCUUUCAUUUCGGAAGGCUUCUGUCUCCUGGGUUCUGCUGAUAACCGACGGACCUUCGAGCUGCGCGGCAGCAGCAACGCCCUCGGACCAGCAGAAGUUCCACCAGACCCCUCUUCGAUGUCCCCGUUUUAUGCCUGUGUCCUUCAGAGUCCCCCAUGAUUUAAGGUAUAUUGCUAAGGCACUGUUUGCUCCCACCGAAUGCGACCUCUGGGAGAUUCAUUGGAAAAAACUGUUGAAACCACUCCUGCGCAAGUAUGAUCUCGCAGAGGUGGUGGGAGAGGGGGAUGAGGCAAUGGAAGCCCUUGCUGGAGAAGGGGAGUUCAGCAGUCCGGAGGACCAAAUUCUACUAGCACAGGAGCUGCUUCAGGACAUAGCAGGAGCGGGAAAGGAGGCACUCCUGAAGAUACCGGAUGGUAAGAUCCCCCUCCAAAACUUUUCUUCUAUCAUGCAAGGGCCUGAGGAGACUUUUAUUACUUUUGUUGAUAGACUGAAAGAGGCCAUUGAGAGACAAAUAGACAACGCAGAAGCUCGUGCAGCGCUUCUACGAAAGAUGGCCAUUUCUAACUCUAAUUCGGAAACAAAAAAGAUUCUCCGUGCACUACCUCAGGACCCCGAGCCCACCAUCUCUCAGAUGGUGGAGGCUUGCACAAAGGCAAUGUCAAUGGAGCACACGGUGGCCCUGGCUGUCAGCAAAGGGGUGGGAGAGGCCAUGAUAAACUUACAAAAUACGCGCUGUUUUAACUGUGGUCAGCUGGGUCACAUCCAGGUGAACUGUCCCCACUGGCCACAGAUUCAACAACCUAUCUUGCCCCCCCAAGACCAUAUCCUAGGAACCCAUUUUAUCAAGAUCACCAGUUUCAUCUACAGCGACAAGGGUACCAGCCAGCGGGAAACUGGCGGCGAAGCGCGAGGAAGGGCCGCGCGACGACACCAAGUGGCCCUUCUCAGCAUCCCAGCCUCCCGACCAUCAGGGAGGACGAGUGGCCGCGCGGCCAAGUCCAGCAGUUCAGCGCAGCCACGAGGACGGACUCCGCCUCUUCCGCCGGACAGGUACCCUAAAUCAGGGCAAUCAUCAGGUCCUCCGCAGCAGCGUCACCAUCUCUCUCCAGGAUGAGGACCUGACGAGAAUUCCUGCUGGGUUCCUGGGCCCCCUCCACGACUGUCGGGACACCACCGUGCUCAUCUUAGAAGACUCCUUCAACACGCCAAAUGAAAUCACCAUCUUACCUGAGGUAGUGUGUUUUCCACCAGGAGAGGAGAUCACCGUCUCCGUCAUUUGUAACCACCCACCAUUUACUUUAAGGAAAGGCGAUCCUUUUGCUUUGCUUUACGUACUGGACACCCACGAUGACCCGGACACAGAGAGACAUGUUUUCUUCACCCAAAAUGUAUGUAAAGAAAGACCAUUAAUUGAUGCCAAACUUUCUUUCCAGGGAAAGUCGGUGCAGAUGCGGCUCAUGGCAGACACAGGAGCUGACGUGACCAUCAUCCCCCAGGUGAGGUGGCCCAGCGACUGGGAGCUUGUGCCCCCUUGCGGCAGGAUCUCCGGUGUGGGCGGAGCGGUCCACUCUCUGAGGAGUAGGCAUCUUGUGUGCGUGGAAGGUCCGGAAGGACAAUUGGCAACGGUGAGACCUUUUGUUGUCUCUUCAAACAUACUAUUAUUAGGAAGGGAUGUUUUAUGCCAAUGGGGAGCCCGCCUCGACAUCCCUAGCCCUUUGUGGGAUUUUUAGCGUGGGCCACUGCAGAGCGCACUUCCCCACCCCUGACCUGGAAAACCAACACAGCGGUCUGGGUGGAUCAGUGGCCCCUUCCAUCAGAAAAAUUGAGUGCGCUUCAUAAAUGAGUAGAGGAGCAGGUGAAACUUGGGCAUUUAACACCUUCUACCAGCCCUUGGAAUAGCCCUGUCUUUGUAAUUAGAAAACCUGGCACAGACAGGUGGCGCCUGCUCCAAGACCUGCGAAGGGUUAAUGAUGUGAUAGAAGAUAUGGGUCCCAUUCAACCAGGCCUUCCGUCACCUUCUAUGCUCCCCAGAGACUGGCAGCUAGCAGUGAUAGACAUCAAAGACUGCUUUUUUAACAUUCCGCUCUACCCCGGGGAUGCUCCCAGGUUCGCCUUUUCUGUACCAUCAUUGAAUAGGGCUGAACCUUUUAAAAGAUAUCAUUGGACAUCCCUGCCUCAGGGGAUGAAAAAUUCCCCUGUGCUCUGUCAGACUUUUGUAGCGCAGAUUUUAUCACCUGUGCGUCGGCUUUUCCCUGAGGCCAUCAUCCUGCAUGACAUGGAUGAUGUGCUAGUUUGUGCUUCCGACUCGACAUACCUAAAGGCAACACUGGACAAGACUAUUAAGGCUAUCAAAGCUGCAGGGCUCCAGAUAGCAGAAGAGAAGAUCCAAUUCUCAGCACCAUGGAGGUACCUCGGAUUCCUCAUCACGGGAAGGACAGUGACGCCACAGACACUGACCAUCAACAAGGAUCCGAAGACUCUGCGAGACCUUCAGCAGCUGUGCGGAACGAUCACCUGGAUCCGCCCCCUCCUGGGACUGACGACUGAGGAGCUGUCACCUCUCUUCUGUCUGCUUCGAGGCGACGGAGACCUCGCCUCACCACGCGAGCUGACACCUGCCGCGCGGGAAGCCCUGCAACGGGUUGCUGUUGCUCUGAAGUCUCGCCAGGCACACCGCGUGGUCCGGACCCUUCCCGUGAACUUCGCGGUGUUGGGUAAGUGCCCCCACCUCCAUGGACUUCUCUUCCAGUGGGAUAACAGAGCAUCUGAUCCCCUGGUCAUCUUAGAGUGGCUCUUCCUACCACACCAGCCCUCUAGGACGAUCACGACCCCUGCAGAAUUGCUAGCCACUUUAAUAAUGAAGGCACGACACCGCCUCUGAACCCUCGCAGGGUGUGACCCUGAGUGCAUUUACUUACCUGUUAGAUUAGAUCAAUUGGACUCGUUGUUGCAAACUAAUGAAAAUUUGCUCAUUGCUCUGGACAGCUUCCCCGGACAAAUUUCGGUUCACUAUCCUAAGCAUAAAUUGUUUAAGGAUACAUUGCAUUUGGCCCCGAGAAUGUUUAAAAGCAAAACACCAAUUCCAGGUGCUCUCACGGUGUUCACCGAUGGGUCGGGCAGAUCCCACAAAUCGGUGAUCACUUGGAAGGACCCGGACAGUCAGAAGUGGGAGUCUGACGUCCAAGUGGUUGAGGGUUCCCCCCAGAUGGCGGAACUUGCCGCAGUCGUGAGAGCAUUCAAAAAAUUUCAACAGCCUCUGAAUGUGGUCACUGAUUCGGCCUAUGUCGCUGGGGUAGCAGAAAGGGCCGAAGGUGCCCUCCUCAAAGAAGUUUCAAACACAAAUUUAUACAGUUUACUCUCUGAUCUCAUUUGGCUACUUUCCCAUAGAGAGCAACCUUAUCAUAUCAUGCACGUAAGGGCACACCGAUUUACCCGGAGAGAUCACUGAGGGUAAUCGGAAAGCGGACCUCCUAGCCAUGUCAACACAAAUAUCUGCAACCGCUUCAACCACCUUACCAGACAUACUCCAGCAAGCGCGGCUCAGCCGUGCAUUUUACCACCAGAAUGCCCCGGCUCUAGUGCGACAGUUUAAGAUCUCGAUAGCACAGGCAAGAACCAUUGUUUCUACCUGCCCGAGCUGCCAGUCUUUCGCUCUUCCUUCCCUCAUUUCGGGGACAAAUCCCCGAGGGUUGGGAGCGCUAGAGAUAUGGCAGACAGAUGUAACACACUUCGAGCCGUUUGGUCGGAUGAAAUACAUACAUGUCUCUAUUGACAUGUUUUCCGGCGCAGUGUUUGCCUCCGUCCAUGCAGGCGAAAAAACCAGGGAUGCCAUGAAACAUCUUUUCAUGGCAUUCUCUACGUUGGGAGUCCCAUCUCACAUAAAAACUGAUAAUGGCCCAUGCUAUGCGUCAAAGCGCUUCGGUGAGUUUGCGCAACAGUGGGGAAUUUCCCAUACCACCGGAAUUCCCCACAAUCCUACAGGACAGGCGAUAAUAGAGAGGGCCCACAGAAAUCUAAAAAGGCUCCUUGAACAACAACAUAAGCCGGACAUUACAGUGAGCCCAGCCGAAAGGUUAUGUAAGGCCCUGUAUGUCCUGAAUUUUUUAAACUGCUCAGAAAGGGAGCCUGACCCUCCUAUUAUCCGCCAUUUUCACAAUAACACCAGAGCGCAACUCGCCGAGAGGCCACCAGUCUUGAUAAAGGACCCAGAAUCCAAAGCUAUCCAGGGCCCUUUCCCUCUAAUAACCUGGGGGAGAGGGUAUGCCUGUGUUUCUACAGAUAAAGGACCAAGAUGGAUUCCGGGGAAAUAUGUCAAGCCCUUUGUAGAGGUGCCAGCUCAGCAAGACAACGUGUCCUUGGUGCAAAGCACCGAGAACACCUCAUCGCUGGACGGAGUUUCCACUGCCUGGAAGAGGAGGAGAAGAAAGACCGUUCCUCCCAAUAUCGUCACACGUGUCAUGAUUACCCGAAGAUAUUUUCCCCCGCUGAACUCUACGUACCCAAUUACCCCAUCGCCCCCUGUACCCUUUCCUUUCCCCUAACCUCCCCUUUCCCUCAAUCCUUACCCCUUUUCUCUAAUUUUAUUUAGUGCUUAUUUAGUAAAUAAAAACGGGGGAGGUUGGGGAGGGACCACUGAGGAAAAUUUAUCAUUCAAGUUAUGCUUUCUUUUAUCACAAGACGCUGAGGAUGACUGCCGCCUUGAGGACACCUCUGAAACAUCUGAUGCUCCUGAUCGUCAUCAUCUGGCUGUCACCGGUCAGGAGCUGGAUAGUCCCAGAGCUGAGAGAAAACAUAUGGGUCACGCUGGCGAAGUCCUUGAAGCAGGACAACUUCUGUAUGGCCAUGGGAAGUGUGGACAAUCCGUUAUCCACGUGCCUGGUAGGAGUCCCCCUGUCGCCAAACGACUAUCCAUAUGCAGGAAAAAAACCUAAUCCUGUGGACACCUGGGAUGAGUGGACGAGGAUUCUGCCAUAUGCACCACAGGAGCCCCAAGAAUUGGACCUAUUGGGCUCCUCUCAGGCAACAUAUUGUGUCAGGUUUAGGUACCAGCCCUCCCAGAAAGACUGGGAUCAAAUGGCUAAACUCCACCCCGCUGGUACCCAAGAAGUAAAAAGACACGAUGUAUCUCCCCACGAUGGGAGAUACCAUGCAGCAAAUUGGUGCAAUUACACCUCGACCAUGGUAUCUAGGUCCUCCUCAGUUCCCAGGGUGCUCCCCAGGGGGGUUUUUCUCAUCUGCGGCGACAGGGUGUGGGCAGGGAUUCCCUCCCAAAUCCAGGGAGGCCCCUGCAGCCUUGGGCAGCUUACCACACUGACACCGAACAAAACCCAAAUUUUAAAUUGGAAAAACGAAAAUAAAUUGGCUCGCAAAAAGAGAUCCUAUAACCAAUUCGACGAAAAUUGUGAUUCAAAAAUUUACAAUUGGGGAAAGACGAAGAGAGUCACGGUAUCCAUAUUUUUACCAUGGUAUGCCACAGCAAAGGCCCUCGGUGAGCUUUCUCACCUCGAGUGUUGGCUCAGUAAGCAGGCCAACGCCACGUCCGCUGCCCUUUCCGACUUGCUAGCGGACGAAGAAGUCACCCGGCACGCCACACUGCAAAAUAGGGCUGCUAUUGACUUCUUACUGCUCGCCCAUGGCCACGGCUGUGAGGACUUGGAAGGAAUGUGCUGCUUCAAUCUGGCAUCAAAGAGCACAUCCAUCCAAGCUAAUAUCCAGCGGAUCCGAGAGCAAGUUGACGACCUCAAGACUGAGACCUCGACUGUAGAUCCUGUGAAUAAACUGCUGUCUCAA